AUGCCAAGUGACACUUUGGCUCUUCUGUUGGCAGCACUGGUUAAUGAUGACUUUCCGGAAUUAUCAUUGACGGAACGAAAUUCCUCAUCGGAAGAACAACAAGAAGGAAGAGGUGCUCAAGGGAUUUCCGGUGAUUGCAGGCGAGUGAAUUGGCCAGGAAGGAUGUCAUGCAUGGUGCGCAACCCCUCGGACAUCACGCUCUCCAUCCCCAAUAUCGUGGAGACGGAUGGAGUGACGCAGUACGAGAUAGAGGUGAAAAUCGGAGAAGUGUCCUGGCGAGUGUUCCACAGAUACCGCGACUUCCAGGAGCUGCACGAGAAGCUCGUGUCCGAGAGGAGUGUGUCGAAGGAUCUCCUGCCACCCAAGAAGGUGAUCGGCAACAGAAAUCCCGCCUUCGUGGAGAAGCGCAAGGCUGGGCUGGAGAAGUACCUUCGGGAGGUGCUGAUCUACCUGCAGCUGACGAUGCCGCGGGAGUUUGUGGAGUUCCUGCACUUGCACGAGUAUGACAUCAUUCAUCUGCUGCACACAAUGGCGGAGAGAUUCUAUCUGGACGGUGACUCAGUGCUCAGCGGCUCGCGCAGUCAGACAUUCUCCGUUCUGGAGCUUCACGCCAUCAGCGAGCGCCUGAAGCUGCCCUCGGAGGUGUCGGAGAAGAAGUACGACUUCUCGCAUGUGCUGGACUUCUGUUCGCAGCUCGAGAGAGUCAUCGUGAUGCCCAGAAGAGGCGAGAACGCCCUCGAAGGCCGAAGCAGGGCGGAUUUGCCGCUGGGAAGCAGCAACAUCAUUCCGCAGAGUCUCAAGUUCGAUAUGGUGGCUUUCAAGACGCUACAGGAGAUUCAGCUGAUCGGCGUGAGUCCGGCGAGCAUCGUGAACGCCGCAGCGAUCAGGGACAGCCUGAAGACGCUGCAUGUGCAUCUCACAGACACACAGCGGCUCAGCGACGUCCUGCUCUGUGAUGACAUCCACAAGACGGCUGUGAGUGAUCCGGAAAAGGUGUGGCGAAGUGUCGAAGUGGCCAAUUUCUCGGACAACAAGCUCAUCGCCAUCGACGAGUCCAUCAAACUCCUGCCCAAGAUCGCCACGCUGACGCUGGACAGGAACGAGCUGACGACCGUGCAGAAUCUCAACGCCAUGCCCUGCCUCAGUGCGCUGAGUCUCACGGAGAACAAGAUCGCGCAGUGCCUGGAUUGGCACUUGGAGCUCGGCAAUCUCGUGACGCUGAUCCUGUCGCAGAACUUCAUCCAGAGCCUCGCCGGCUUCCGCAAGAUGUACUCCCUGGUCAAUCUGGACGUGAGCUGCAAUCAGAUCGGCGACAUCGACGAGGUGGAUCAUCUCGCGAACUUGCCGUGCAUCGAGAAUAUCAAGCUGACGGGAAAUCCCGUGGCGGGAAGCGUGGACUAUCGAUCGAAGGUGCUGUCGCGGUUCGUGGAGAGGAUCGGCGAGAUGUGCCUGGACAACGAGAAGGCGUCGCAGAAGGAGGUGGACACCGCUCUAGUAUUAGCCGCCCUGAAGAUAUCCCAGGACAAGAUGGACAGCCCGCGCAAGGUGUCCUCGAGUCUCGGCCUCCUGAGGUGAUUCUCCGCAGGUAUUUCACGCCACUUCUCCGCAUGCCGAAUAAAUGCUGUGCGUCGAUGCAAUCGACUCGCCAGAUGAUCCACUUUUCCGUCCGCACGCCGGCAAAAAUGCCCAGAGAUACGAGGCAGUUCAAUGAAAUGUUAAUGACUAAUUCGCAUAGUGAGUUUUGUGGGACAAACAAUUUCAAUUUCGAGAGCGAUAA